AUGAGAACUAAACAAACAAUCAAAAAGUAUAUGGUCAAGUUCACUGUUGAUAAGAUCUCACAAUCAAUGAAUGAAAGAAACAACAUCCGUAAUUUCUCAGUUAUUGCUCAUGUCGAUCACGGUAAGACUACUCUGUCUGAUUCGCUCGUUGCACGUGCCGGUAUCAUUCCAGAAGGUAAAGCCGGUGAUCUCCGUUACCUGAGUGCACGUGAUGAUGAAAUUGCUCGUGGUAUCACCAUCAAGUCGUCCAGUGUCUCUUUGCACUUAGAGUUGCCAGAGUCUGCCCCAUUGCCAGCUGGCUCAACUGACCGUCAAUUCCUCCUCAAUCUCAUUGAUUCUCCGGGUCACGUCGACUUCUCCUCUGAAGUUACUGCCGCCUUGCGUGUCACUGAUGGUGCUCUUGUCGUUGUCGACGCCAUCGAGGGUGUUUGUGUCCAAACCGAGACAGUCUUGCGUCAAGCAUUGUCCGAGCGUAUUGUACCAGUUCUCUUUGUUAACAAAAUGGAUAGAUUGUUCCUGGAACUCCAGGUCGCACCUGAGGAUGCCUAUCUUGCUCUUCGUAACGCCAUUGAAGCUACCAAUGCCGUCGUCCAAAUGGGUGAGAAUCAAAAGAUGCUCGACCCAAAGGUUGGAAACGUUGGUUUUGGUAGUGGAUAUCAAGGAUGGGGAUUUACUCUUGAAAACUGGGUAAAACUCUACGAAGCCAAGCUUGGACUCUCCAAGGAGAAGCUUCUCAAUCGUCUCUGGGGUGACAACUUCUACGAUAGCGUCACCAAGAAAUGGGGACCAAAUCAAACCUCUGAAGAUGGACGUACUCUCGAGCGUGGAUUCUGUCGUCUCAUCUACGAGCCACUGCGUGCUCUCAUUCUCGCCGCCAAGGAUGAGUCCAACAUCGAUAGUCUCAUCGGAAAGUUGGACAACUUGGAUAUCAAGCUUUCCAAAGCCGAGCUGGAGUUGCGUGGUAAGGAUCUUCUGAGAACUGUUAUGAAGAAGUUCUUGCCUGCCGAUGAGUGUAUUCUCUCAAUGGUGGUGCAUCAUCUGCCUUCGCCGAUAGUGGCGCAGCGGUACCGUACAGAGUCACUCUACACCGGUCCAAUGGACGACGAGUGUGCUAAAGCAAUGAAGGCUUGCGAUCCAAACGGUCCAGUCAUGAUGUUCGUAAGCAAGAUGAUUCCAUUCGGCGAACGUUUCGUUGCGUUCGGUCGUGUCUUCUCUGGAACCAUCACCAGUGGUCAAACCGUUCGAAUUCUCCAGCCUUCGUACGAUCCCGAGACCAGUCCAAACGACUUCAACACCAAGAAGAUCACCAGUAUAGUUUUGAUGAUGGGCCGUAAGAGUGAAACCAUCGAAAGCUGUCCAUGUGGUAAUAUUAUUGGUUUGAUGGGAAUCGAUCAAUAUCUCAUUAAAUCGGGAACGAUCACUUCUGCGCCAGAGGCAAGAGGUAUUGUCUCCAUGAAAUUCUCUGUGUCUCCAGUGGUCAAGGUGGCAGUCAAACCAAAGGAUCCAACUCAUCUUCCAAAGUUAGUAGAAGGUAUCCGUAAGGUUAUCAAAACCGAUCCGGCCAUUCAACACUACACCGCUAACACUGGUGAGCAAGUCCUGGCGACAGUUGGUGAACUCCAACUCGAAAUUUGUCUCAAAGAUCUACAAGAGUAUUCCAACUGUGAAAUCGAAGCAUCCAAUCCAGUGGUAAGCUAUCGUGAGACUGUUCAAGGAACAUCACCUGUCUGCAUGGCCAAAUCGGCCAACAAGCACAAUCGUAUCUAUGUCAGUGCCUCUCCACUCGGUGCCGAGCUCGCCAACCAGAUCGAAUCGAAAGAACUCGAUCCAAACAGCAAUGACAUUGCCGGAAGAACACAAUUCCUCGUGAGAAACCACAGCUGGGAAGCGAAUGAAGCCAAGCAAAUCUGGUCGUUCGGUCCAAACCUGAAUGGACCAAACAUGUUCCUCGACCGAACUGUCGGAACGCAGUACCUCAAUGAAGUGCGUGACUCGAUUGUCCAGGGAUUCCAGUGGGCAUCGAAAGAAGGUGUUCUAUGUUCCGAAGAGAUGUAUGGUGUUCGUUUCGAUAUGUCUGAUAUCACACUGAUCGCCGACGGUGCACAUCGUCGUGUUGCCCAAAUCAUGCCGGCAUCGCGUAAGGUUCUCUACGCCGCCGAACUUUCCGCUCAGCCACGUCUGUUGGAACCGAUGUAUCUUGUCGAUAUCCAAGCACCGUCGAGAGUACUCAAAGGUGUGCACAAGUGUCUAAAUCGUCGUCGUGGUGUCACCAUCUCUGAAGAAGAGAAGCUCGGUAUGAAUGGAGUGUUCUCAAUCCGUGCACAUCUACCCGUUUCCGAAUCGUUUGGAUUCAGUGCCUAUCUCCAAUCUGAAACCAGUGGUUUGGCUUUCCUCCAAAUGACAUUCGAUCACUGGUCGAUGAUGUCUCAAGAUCCACUCGAACCAAAUUCAGUCACCAACAAGAUCGUCCAAGACAUCCGUAUAAGAAAAGGUUUAAGACAAGAGAUUCCACCACUCAACGAAUUUUUAGAUCGUCUCUAA